AUGAUUAGGCCGGGUCAAACAGGAGUAUUUAAAACGAAUACUGUUUUAGCAUACGAUGAUAAUCUAAACCUUCUAGCCUGGGGUUAUCCAGCAUUGGCAGAGGAGCCCUCAAGGAAACAAAAAAAGAAUCAAACCAAAGCACAAUCAAGGCCAGUAGAAUUGUUUAAACUUCAUUUGGCUAAUAAUAUAAAGGAUGAUGAAAAACCGCCACUUCCUUUAGGUUUGGAUUUUAAAAGAGUCAUUACUGACUAUUUACAUCAAAUGAAUAAAUCAAUCGCAGACGUUUUGAAUACUCGAUGGCCAGGUCUAAAAUAUCCUCAACAAGUAAGAUAUGUUAUAUCAGUUCCUGCUGAAUGGGGACAUGAUGCAAGAGCUAUUAUGAGAGAGUGCAUGUAUAAUGCAGGCUAUUUGGAAACCAAGCAAUCUCUAAAUUUAGAAUUUACUUCGGAACGUAUAACACAAACAGGGCGUAUUUUCAAAUUUCACAAAUUGGCAUACCGUGGUACGGAAGUAUCAGUUGAUCAAAAAUAUUCCUACACAGCAGCACCAGUUGUUCCAAAUCAAGUAGAUAUGACAUUUAAUAUUUUCAUUUCACCUGAUAAUGGUGCAAAUUAUUGUGAUGAGGAUGGAAUGAGAAUGCUUGGCAAGAUGAAAAUUGAUUUACCAGAUCCACAAAAAGGUAAAAAUCGAUUGGUAGAGUUUAGUUUAACUUUUAGUACAAUGGAAAUAAAAGCAAUGGCUAUUAACAAAAGAACUGGACAAAUUUAUGAAAGUAACUUUGUUCUGGAAUUCUAA